AUGGCCGCUGCAUUUUAUCUCUCGAAAGCCUUUCUCUUGGCAUUCUCGUUGAGAGCAGUAGCUGCUCUUGAUCUUGAUGUUGACGUUGACCUCGACCUUGAUAUCGGGGUUGAUGGUCGGCUCCCAUGUAAGACAACUAUCACCAUUCCGUAUGUUGGGACAUGCACAACCUCCACAACCAUUUUCCCAUGCGGCACUGGGCCUGCAACUUUGGUAAUUCAGACCCCCAUCAUCACUCAAACUUGCGGCCCAACAGGAACCACGACAAAGCAGGCAUCUCACACAUCGACUUCCCACCACACCACUACUCAGCCUACGACAACGAAACCCAUUCCAACAACCACCAAGACUACUACAAAGACCCCAGAGCCAACGCCCGGUGGCCCAUGCCCACUGAUCAAACCUCGCUGCCAUGCUUCCGGCCUAGACAUCGACUACUACUCCAAUCCUUUCGCGGGCUACAGCAGGGAAGGCUCCUUGCCUUGGUCUUACUACAUCACACAGAAACUUCGGCCACUUCAGUCCUCAUCCACAAAUGUCACAUUCUUCCCACAAGAUUUCGGUCCUCCCGCAAACCUGCCUAAGAUUUAUCCCCGCCCAGAUCUUCCAGGCUUGUGGUAUGCCGUCGGCUGGACUAAGGAAACCAACGGUGGUAUCAAAGUUGACGCCAACAACUUUACCCUGGUAUACAGUGGUUUCUAUCGUGCGCCUGAAACUGGCAAGUACACCCUGUGCACCACUGCAGAUAACGAGAACGAUAUCUUCUUUGGACAUGGCAAAGCGUUUGACUGCCUGACCGGGUCUGUGGAUACAAGUGUCAAACCGCUCGUAAUUUCGACGGGAGGUUCGUAUGUCAACGGCAUCAAGUGUGCAGAUUUGGAUCUGGUUAAGGAUUCGUACUACCCGCUUCGGAGUGUGAUGGGAGAUUGGCAGGGUCCAUCGGCGUUUAAUGUAACCAUCAAGACACCAAGUCAGAAGUUCGAAGACCGUAAGAACAACUUUGCUGGCUUGGCUUAUCCUCUGUCCUGUCAUCUUGGGUUGUAA